AUGGAGCACGAAGGCAGCCUGCUUUUCCGGGCCAUGACCUCGCACUUCUCCCACCCGAAUAAUCUGCACGCCGACAUGGCCUCGUCGGGGCCCCAGAGCCCAGCCCUCAAGACCAACAUGGAUGUCGACUAUGUCAUCAGCUACCGUUUCGGCACCACUGACAAGGACACCGCCCUUUCCAAGUUCGAGAAGCUCAUCGCCGCCCUGUCCUCUGUCGGCUUGGCCACCGAGGUCCGCAAUGGCGAAGACAGCUCCUUGCUCGUCUUCUGCAAGGUGGCCUCGGAGGAGUACCUCUACGGCGAGAUCUACCGAUCGAGAGUCCGCGACUGGAUCCACGGCAUCCGAUCGUCUGAGCCCCCGCGAGAGACCCGUCAAGCCCUCGACUCCGAGCCACUGUCCGAAGCCGAGCGCCUGCGCAUCAUAUACCAGCUCAUCACAAACCCCGAGUCCGAGGGUGGUGCCGGCAUCACGCCCAAGGAGGGCGACUGGAAGCAGGUCGAGUCGGUCUUCGCUCUGCACGACCAUUCCUACAAUCACGCCUGGAUCAAGAAGUGGAGCACGCAGUACCUCCUCCAGCCCGAAGACCUCGACGAGAUCCGCAAUCGCUUGGGUGAAAAGGUCGCCUUCUACUUUGCCUUCACCCAAUCCUACUUCACAUUCCUGAUCUUUCCCGCUGCUUUCGGCUUUGCCUCCUGGUUGAUUCUGGGUCACUUUUCCCCGCUCUAUGCCCUCGUCAACGCCCUCUGGUGCACCGUUUUUACCGAAUGGUGGAAACACCAAGAGUAUGAUCUCGGCGUGCGCUGGGGGGUUCGUGGCGUGUCUUCCAUCGAAACCACCCGGAAGGACUUCAGGCAUGCGACGGAGAUCCAAGACCCCGUAACUGGAGAGACAAUCAGGGCCUUUCCCGUGACCAAGCGCUUCCAGCGCCAAUUGCUUCAAAUUCCCUUUGCAUUGGCUGCUGCGCUCCUGUUGGGCAGUCUGAUUGCCACGUGCUUCGGCAUUGAAAUCUUUAUUUCAGAAAUCUACGACGGCCCGCUGAAGAUGAUUCUGGUCUUCUUGCCCACCGGCAUUCUUACUACCUGCAUGCCCAUUCUCGUCGGAAUCUUGACCAAUUUCGCCAAACAGCUGACUGACUAUGAAAAUUACGACACUCAUGGCUCUUAUGAGACGGCUAUGACGCAGAAGGUUUUCGUCCUGAACUUCAUCGUCUCGUACCUGCCGAUCAUUCUCACCGCCUUCAUCUAUGUUCCCUUUGGCCAACAUAUUGUUCCAUACCUGGAUGUUUUCAGCCUCACGGUCAAGCCAUUCGCUGAGGAUGAGAAGCAAUUGCAGCGAUCCUCUACCUGGACCAUCAACCCCGACAGACUGAGGAAACAAGUCAUAUAUUUCACCGUGACCGCACAGGUUGUCAAUCUUGGUAUGGAGGUCAUUGUCCCUUACCUCAAGCGCCGUGGCUUUGCAAAAUAUAAGAAGAUCCAAAGCGAGAGGGCUGCCAAGAGUGGUGGCACUGUUCCUAAUGUUGCCGCCAACGACCCGCCCGAGGAAGCCGCUUUUCUGGACCGCGUGCGCAAGGAGGCCGAGCUCGAUGUGUACGACGUGACCCAGGAUCUUCGUGAGAUGGUUCUCCAGUUUGGCUACCUCUCCCUCUUUAGCGUUGUUUGGCCUCUCACGGCAGUGUCGUUCUUGAUCAACGAUUGGGUUGAGCUGCGCGCUGACGCCAUCAAGAUCUGCGUUGAGAUGCAACGGCCGACACCGUGGCGCGCUGAUACCAUUGGUCCCUGGCUCGACAGCCUGAGCUUCUUGACAUGGUUUGGUAGCAUCACGACUUCCGCUCUCGUCUACAUGUUUUGGAACGACGGUCUUGGUCCCGAUGGCACCCCUGGUGAUAUCAAAGGCUGGGCUCUGCUGCUCUCUAUCUUCUUCUGCGAACAUCUCUUCCUCGCUGUCCGCUGGGCUAUCCGCGUCGCCAUUUCCAAGAUGGACUCCCCUGGCCGCCAGAAGGAGCGUCGCGAGCGUUACCUCAUCCGUCGUCGCUACUUUGCGGAGUCUCUCAGCGAGGUUGAGAAAUUACCCAAGCUCCAAGAGCAGGCGGCUGAAAUAGGCGUCGAUGCGCUUGAAGAGGAGGCAAGGAGGGAAAGUCAGACCGGAAGCAGGUUGGAGGAUAAGUUCUGGAAGAGGCAGAGUGGUUGGAGGGAGACGGUCAUGGUUGGUAAGACGCUGAUCGAGAGAACCGCUGGUGCAGAAAACAAAAAGGAGCAGUGA